AUGGCAAGAGAAAGAUGUAGCUGGUGUGGUGUGGAACUAGUAGUGCCCCCAGAUGCUCAAACUAUUCGAUGUGCUGUGUGUCAAGCCAUCACUAGGGUUCACUCCUACGUCGACCCUUUGGCUCAAGCCUGUGAUUCAGCUACCAGGUUCACUCCUGGUCUUAUUAACAUGGUGUCUAGCAACAUUCCCACCAUUACUAGUUCGGUCAGUGGCUAUCCUGUGCCGGGUUAUGGUGGUUAUUAUGCUCCACCACCAGCUAGGCCAGUGUUGCCUCUUCCUUCAGUGCAUGGGAGGAAGCGGGCACUGCUUUGUGGAGUCAGUUACAGAGGCAAGAGUUAUAGGAUCAAAGGAAGUAUUAAUGAUGUCAAGUGCAUGAGAUAUUUUCUUGUCGAGAAGAUGGGAUUUCCUAAUGACUCCAUACUCAUACUCACAGAAGAUGAGAUAAACCCAUUAAAGAUCCCAACAAAAGCGAACAUAAGGUUGGCUUUAAGGUGGCUUGUUCAAGGCUGCCAGCCAGGGGACUCGUUAGUGUUUCACUUCUCUGGUCAUGGGUCAAAGCAGCUUGACUGUGACAUGGAUGAGGUUGAUGGGUUUGAUGAAACAUUAUGCCCUCUUGACUAUGAAACUCAAGGAAUGAUAAUUGAUGAUGAAAUCAAUGAGACCAUUGUAAGGCCAUUACCACAAGGAGCUGCUCUUCAUGCCAUUAUUGAUGCCUGCUAUAGUCAAACUGCAUUGGCAGGCAAUGCUUCAACUGGUGCCUUGACAUAUAGCUUCAUCCAGGCAGUGCAGAAUGAGCCUGGAUUAACAUAUGGACGCUUGAUUAAUGUUAUGCGUCAGGCACUUCGAGGGGCGAAAACUGGUGGAUUACGCUUAAGUGGUCCGAUUGCAUCACUGGUAAAUAAAGCUUUGUUUAACACAGAGAUCACCCAGGAGCCUCAGCUGUGUUCGUCGGAGCCGUUUGACGUUUAUGCAAAGCAGUUUAUGCUGUGA